CCUGAGAUUUGGCUAAGGGUAAAGGGUCGGAGUCACAUGGAUUGAAACAUUUGAUUGAUGUCCAAGUCACCGCUGUGACUGCCGGAGCCGCCUCCCCUCGGGUUGGGGCCGCGUGAGGCCAGAGCGGCGGGCCGGGCCGGGAUCCGGCUCUCCCGGGAGUGUCCUGCUCCGAGUCCCGCGCCUCCCGCGCGCGUGUCGCAGCUCGAGCAGCCUCCUCUGCCCACGCCCCGGCCUCGGGCCAACAUGUGAAGCUGCGCGUCCCGCUCAGACUCCGCGGAGGCGGCAACUUUGAGGGCAGCAGAGGCGGCAGCAGGCGCGGGGCAGCGCACUUGCCCCCAGCCCCGCGCCCGGCCGGCCACCAUGAGCGACGAGAGUGCCAAGGACGCGGACAAGCAGCUUCGUCUGCGCGUGUGCGUGCUCAGUGAGCUGCAGAAGACCGAGCGCGACUACGUGGGCACGCUGGAGUUCCUGGUGUCGGCCUUCUUGCACCGAAUGAGCCAGUGUGCAGCAGCAAAGGUUGACAAGAAUGUGACAGAGGAAACGGUGAAGAUGCUGUUCUCCAAUAUCGAGGAGAUCCUUGCUGUCCAUAAGGAGUUCCUGAAGGUUGUAGAAGAAUGCUUGCACCCUGAGCCCAACGCCCAGCAGGAAGUGGGAACCUGCUUUCUUCACUUUAAAGACAAGUUUCGUAUCUACGAUGAGUAUUGCAGCAACCAUGAAAAGGCACAAAAGCUGCUUCUUGAACUGAACAAAAUAAGAACAAUCCGUACGUUUCUUUUAAACUGCAUGCUGCUGGGAGGACGGAAGAACACAGACGUUCCCCUGGAAGGGUACUUAGUGACCCCAAUACAAAGAAUAUGCAAGUAUCCUCUCCUCUUGAAGGAAUUACUGAAGCGGACUCCACGGAAACAUGGUGACUACGCAGCAUUGAUGGAAGCCCUCCAAGCCAUGAAAGCUGUCUGUUCCAACAUAAACGAGGCCAAGAGACAGAUGGAGAAACUGGAAGCUUUAGAAGAGUGGCAGUCACACAUCGAAGGCUGGGAGGGAUCCAACAUUACCGACACCUGCACAGAGAUGCUGAUGUGGGGAGUCUUAAUGAAAAUUUCUUCUGGAAAUAUUCAAGAACGGGUGUUUUUUCUGUUUGAUAAUCUGUUGGUGUACUGUAAAAGAAAACACAGACGUCUGAAGAAUAGCAAGGCAUCCACAGAUGGACAUCGGUACAUUUUUCGAGGUCGGAUCAAUACUGAGGUGAUGGAAGUGGAAAAUGUGGAUGAUGGCACAGCGGAUUUUCACAGCAGUGGGCACAUUGUUAUGAAUGGGUGGAAGAUACAUAACACAGCAAAAAAUAAAUGGUUUGUGUGCAUGGCGAAAAGCGCUGAAGAAAAGCAUGAAUGGUUUGAAGCUAUUUUGAAAGAAAGAGAACGCCGGAAAGGCUUAAAAUUGGGCAUGGAGCAAGACACCUGGGUAAUGAUCUCUGAGCAGGGUGAGAAAUUGUAUAAAAUGAUGUGCCAACAGGGAAAUCUGAUCAAAGACAGAAAAAGAAAACUGACUACGUUCCCCAAGUGCUUCCUUGGGAGUGAAUUUGUGUCAUGGCUGCUGGAAAUUGGGGAGAUUCACAGGCCUGAAGAAGGUGUUCACCUGGGACAAGCAUUGUUAGAAAAUGGGAUCAUCCACCAUGUUACUGACAAGCAUCAGUUCAAGCCAGAGCAGACGCUGUAUAGAUUCCGCUAUGACGACGGCACAUUUUACCCCAGGAGUGAGAUGCAGGACAUGAUUUCAAAGGGCGUAAGGCUGUAUUGUCGACUUCACAGUUUGUUUACCCCAGUGGUCAGAGAUAAAGAUUACCAUUUAAGGACCUACAAAUCUGUGGUCAUGGCUAACAAACUGAUCGAUUGGUUAAUUGCACAGGGUGAUUGCCAUACCAGGGAAGAGGCAAUGAUAUUUGCUGUCGGACUCUGUGACAAUGGAUUUAUGCACCAUGUCCUUGAGAAAAGCGAAUUCAAAGAUGAGCCUCUACUUUUCCGCUUCUUUGCCGACGAGGAAAUGGAAGGAUCAAAUAUGAAACACAGGCUGAUGAAACAUGACUUGAAAGUUGUGGAGAACGUCAUAGCGAAGUCACUGUUGAUUAAAUCCAAUGAAGGCAGCUAUGGCUUUGGACUGGAAGACAAAAAUAAAGUUCCAAUCAUAAAGUCAGUGGAAAAGGGCUCUAAUGCUGAGAUGGCCGGCAUGGAAGUUGGGAAGAAGAUCUUUGCUAUUAAUGGUGACCUGGUUUUCCUGAGACCUUUCUCUGAAGUUGACUGCUUUCUGAAAUCAUGCUUAAACAGCAAAAAGCCUCUGCGAGUCCUCGUGAGCACAAAGCCAAGGGAGACAGUUAAAAUCCCAGAUUCUGCAGACGGGCUGGGUUUCCAGAUCAGAGGCUUUGGCCCUUCCGUGGUGCACGCGGUGGGAAGAGGUACUGUGGCUGCAGCGGCUGGCCUUCACCCAGGACAGUGUAUUAUCAAAGUUAACGGAAUCAAUGUCAGCAAAGAGACACAUGCCAGUGUCAUUGCACACGUCACAGCCUGCCGGAAGUUCAGGCGGCCAAUGAAGCAAGAUUCCAUACAGUGGGUUUAUGAUAGUCUUGAAAGUGCUCAUGAAGACCUGCACAAGUCCCACUUGAAACCCUCUGGAGACGAGGCAGGGGAAGCUUUGGACUGCAAAGUAGAAGAGGUCAUCGACAAGUUCAACACCAUGGCCAUUAUCGAUGGCAAGAAGGAGCACGUGAGCCUGACAGUGGACAAUGUCCACCUUGAGUAUGGGGUUGUCUAUGAAUAUGACAGCACAGCAGGCACCAAGUGCAAUGUCGUGGAGAAGAUGGUCGAGCCCAAAGGCUUCUUCAGCCUCACUGCCAAGAUUCUGGAAGCCCUAGCAAAAAGUGAUGAUCAUUUUCUGCACAACUGCACCAGUCUUAAUUCUUUGAAUGAUGUGAUACCCACUGACCUUCAGAAUAAAUUCAGCACCAUGUGCAAUGAAAGAGUUGAACACGUAUGCCACAGAAUAUCCAGUUAUAGGAAGUUCUCUCGGGUUCUGAAGAACAGAGCCUGGCCCACCUUUAAGCAGGCCAAAUCCAAGAUCUCCCCACUGCACAGUAGCGACUUCUGCCCGACCAACUGCCAUGUCAACGUGAUGGAAGUUUCUUAUCCUAAGACAUCAACUUCCCUGGGGAGUGCCUUCGGGGUUCAGCUGGAUAGUAGGAAGCAUAAUUCUCAUGAUAGAGACAAUAAAUCUUCAGAGCCUGGGAAACUGAGCCCCAUGGUCUACAUUCAACACACAAUCACAACCAUGGCAGCCCCUUCGGGCCUGUCUCUGGGACACAAAGAUGGCCAUGGACUGCGAUAUUUAUUGAAAGAAGAAGACUUAGAAACUCAAGACAUCUAUCAGAAACUGCUCGGCAAACUCCAGGCUGCACUGAAGGAGGUGGAGAUGAGCGUUUGUCAAAUAGACGACCUUCUGUCUUCAAUAACGUAUUCCCCUAAGUUGGAGCGUAAGACAACAGAGGGUGUGCUACCACCUGACAGCGACAAUGACAAGGGAGAGAGAAACAGCAAACGCGUCUGCUUCAACAUAGCAGGGGAUGAGCAAGAGGACUCAGGCCACGACACCGUCAGCAACAGAGACUCCUACAGUGACUGCAAUAGCAACAGGAACUCGAUUGCCUCUUUCACAAGUAUAUGCAGCAGCCAGUGCAGCUCCUACUUCCACAGUGAUGAGAUGGACUCAGGUGAUGAACUUCCUAUCAGCAUCCGGAUAUCUCAUGAUAAACAGGACAAGAUCCACACUUGCCUGGAGCAGCUUUUCAGCCAGAUGGACUCCAUAACCAACCUCUUGAAGGGGCAAGCUGUUGUGAGGGCCUUUGAGCAAACCAAGCAUCUCACACCAGGUCGAGGAUUACAAGAAUUCCAGCAGGAAAUGGAGGCAAAGCUGAGUUGCCCGAAAAGACUAAGACUUCACCUCAAACAGGACCCCUGGAAUCUGCCCAACAGUGUCCGGGUGCUUGCACAGAACAUCAGGAAGUUUGUUGAAGAGGUGAAGUGUCGGAUACUGCUGGCUCUCCUUGAAUACUCAGAUAGUGAAACCCAGCUCCGGAGAGACAUGGUUUUCUGCCAAAGUCUUGUGGCCACUGUGUGCGCCUUCUCUGAGCAGCUCUUGGCCGCCUUAAACCAGAUGUUUGACAACAGCAAGGAAAAUGAAAUGGAGACUUGGGAAUCCAGCAGAAGGUGGCUGGACCAGAUUGCGAAUGCAGGUGUCCUUUUCCACUUCCAGUCACUUCUGUCACCAAAUUUGAAAGAUGAGCAAGCCAUGCUAGAGGAUACACUGGUAGCGCUAUUUGAUUUGGAAAAAGUUUCCUUUUUCUUCAAACCAUCAGAAGAGGAGCCCCUGGUUGCAAACGUCCCUCUUACGUACCAAGUGGAAGGAAGCCGCCAGGCCCUGAAGGUUUACUUCUACAUUGAUAGCUACCAUUUUGAGCAACUGCCUCAACGGUUGAAGAAUGGAGGAGGAUUUAAAAUUCACCCUGUUCUCUUUUCACAAGCCUUGGAGAGCAUGGAAGGAUAUUGCUAUAGAGACAAUGUUUCCGUGGAACAGUUUCAAGCCCAGAUAAACGCUGCCUCCCUGGAAAAGGUCAGACAGUACAAUCAGAAGCUCAGGGCAUUCUACUUGGACAAGUCCAAUUCACCGCCAAACGCCACAUCCAAAGCUGCCUAUGUCGAUAAGCUCAUGAGGCCCCUGAAUGCGUUAGACGAGCUCUACCGGCUGCUCACCUCGUUUAUCAGAUCCAAACGCAUCGCUGCCUGUGUGAACACACCUUGCGGGGCCUCCGGAGUCGGUCUGCUGUCGGUGUCCUCGGAGCUGUGCGACAGGCUCGGAGCCUGUCACAUCAUCAUGUGCAGCAGUGGUGUGCACAGGUGCACGCUGAGUGUGACGCUGGAGCAGGCCAUCACUCUAGCCAGAAGCCACGGGCUGCCUCCACGAUAUAUUAUGCAGGCUACUGAUGUGAUGAGAAAACAGGGUGCAAGAGUUCAGAACACAGCAAAGAACUUGGGGGUUAGAGACCGGACUCCACAAUCAGCUCCAAGGCUGUAUAAGUUGUGUGAGCCACCACCCCCAGCUGGAGAAGAAUAAGCCUUCCCAAGAGCCAAGCAGGUAGAAGCUUCCAGAUGCUGACCAAGUCAGUGUUCUCCACUGAAGAGAAAGAAAUGCAUAUUUAAGAUAUAACCCCUCCCCCCAUCCUGGUGUAAAUAACUGAUAUUUGGUUCCCUUUGGAUAUUUAUGUUGGAACUAGCAGUUCAUUCAGACAACCCAGCCUCACACUCUAUAUACUGACGUUACAGAUUCGUAUGAGGGCAAAACUCACUGCUGGAACUUAGAGAAAAAAUAUACAGUGAUAAAAGAUUAACUGUUUUGGUCCCUUUCUCAUUCAUUAAUUAUAUUGUAUUUGUUUUUAACUUCCACACUGGACACAUGUGAUACUUAACAGUUCUUCCUGAAGAAGUCUGUCACUAAAAAUGAUGGGCACACUCGGGAAGCCAGCAUACAGGAAUGUUAUGGACAGUGUCAAUCGGGAGACACAGGUUUUCGUCUCCUGCCUGUACCACACAGAAGUGAAUUUGUGGGAGGUAGGAAAUUACACACCUCCGCUUCUUCUAUGGCAUCUUGGUAGUGAAGAAAAAAAUGAAGAUUUCUUGACUUCUUCCCUGUUGUCAAGACUGCUCUCUGUGUAAACAUUCCAACAGGCAGGUGCUUCUGUAGAUCUCUGCAGUGAGCCCUGAAUACUGGCUGACUCCAUUGAUGGCUGUGGGCAGGGAGUUGCCAGGAUUGGGGAAGGGAGAGGAGUGAGUGAGGAGGAAAAAAAAAAUCUAUUUGGAAACUCAACCUUGAACUAAGACAAGUUUAAUUUUUGAAGUCUUCCUGUGAGAUAUCAGACACUUAAAAAUAUACCAUCAGGAGUAUUUUUCUAUAAAGUUGUAUGAAUAAAAUGUGAAAAUAAAUUUAUAUGUUGUACUUUGAAGGGCCUUUGGCAAAGAACCUUGAUAAUUUAUGCAACUUAGGUAUAAACUGUAUUCAUUCUAAAGUAUAUGCAAUAAACAUUCUGUGUCGCUAUACUAAUAUUGUUUUUAUUACCAUGAGUAGAUUAAUAUUGGUUUUAAAUAUAUAAUUUUAAAGAUAAUUAAAAUAUCCUCACUGUAAUUAUGAUAGAGUUGUGUUUUGCUUAAUGAUAGAGAUAAAUUGUGCCCUUUGGUGAUACUCUCGCUGUGCAAAUGUCAUGGGAUACACUACACAAUCUGAGAAGACAGAUGGUCUAUGGAACCAUCUCCUAUGGGCUGUCUGUCACUGACCCAAGGCCACAUGCAGCACAGAAAUGUGAAUGGAUACAGGCUAAACAUAUGAAAUCCUUACCUUAACGUUAUUCAGUUUUACUUUAUAAACAUUGUAAUGACGUUCAUUAAAAGCUGUCUUUACUGCCAGUGGAAUAUUUAAUUAAAAUAUAUUCCAAAGGCAUGGAAUAUAUGUGUUCUACUAGUUAAGGUGAAAAUGAAUGAACAGAGCACCUGAUUUUUUUUAAAUAAAUUCGUGUGUGACUAACAAUAGGAAAACCGACAUCAGUUGCUAAAGAAAGGCCAUAGUAUUUUGAAUUUAAUAAAGAUAGGACCUACAUUUGCAUAUUUAUAUGACAUACAUGCAUAACUUUCAGGAAAUAAACAUUCUUGCCACUAUCAGCACACAAGACCGGUGCUCUGAUAAUUCAAACUGUUAUCUGCUGAAGGUCUGAAGAGUGAGAACUGGUUGACUCACAGACCCUUUUCAUCACUUUAAUGUUCUUUAUUCAUCAUCCCAGAAGGAAGCCUUCACAGGGCUAGGAAGUGUGGUUAUAACUCAUGGAGUAUAUAAUUGGCCUUGGGACAUUUAUAAGUUCAAUGCCAUAAUAUAUGGUAUUCUUCUUUUGACAUUGGAUUAUCAGAAGGCCUUGGGAUUAGGACGCACUUGCUUUAAUGAUGCACUCUCCUCUGUGACCAGUGUUUAUUGACAAGCUACUAAAAAGGUCUGCCUACUGUUCAGUAUGUGGACAUGGGCCACUGUGUGCCCACCAAGAGGUUUCAUAUCUCACCAUGGGAACUGAAUCGUGUACUCUCUUAUAGGUUUCCAUCAUUGGUUUCUAGCAUUACAAAGUUGAAUUCUGUAAUAAUAUAAAUAUUUGAGAACUAAAAUUAUAAUCUAUUUCUUACUCUGAGAGAAAGACUGACAGAGGAUGAGAAUUUCUGUUCCAGAUUUACUUGACAGGUUGGUAAUACUGAGUUUCUGGUAGAUGUGCUCUCCUAUAAACCAGCAUCUGAUCUGAAGACUCAAACUGCUUUGUUUCCAUUUAACACACGUUUUUCUAGUGUCUUCAAUCCCCUGUGUAUCCAGUGGCCACUCUUCUUGCAGCAAGAGGUUCAAUUGAAAAAGAAGGGGUUGUGGCUAUGAAUGUGGUUGACCAUUUUCCUCGCACACGGGAAGCCACAUGUUAGUUAUGUUGGCUCUCCUUUAAGGCAGAGGUGGUUCACUCCUGAAAUACUGGUACUCAGAGGAGACUGAUGCAGUAUGAUUGCCAGAUGUUUGAAGCCAGCCUGAGCUACAGAGUGAUGCGAGGCCAGUCUUAAUGGCAGUGUGAGAUACUGCCUACGAAGGACAAAGAUACCACAUAAGAACAAACUGUUUCUGACUGUAUUGAUCGUAAGCUUGAGCAGUUCAAUUCAGAAUGAUGUGAAGUUGACCCUAUGCUACCUUUAACAGUGAAGAAAAUCAAUGAGAAACACAUCCCAGAGUAGGUAUUACCUAACCUUAAGCAAACAAAAUCCUAGAGAGGAGGUAUUAGCUAACUUAAGCUAAUGCCCUGUCAUGGGCACAUAGAUUUUAUGGGUAAUGCAUGUAUUUACUGUUUUGGAAGCUUUAGGUUGAUAGUAAAUUAUUCCAUGUAAUUGAAAGCAAACACAUUUCUCUCUCCAACAGUCACGUCUUCUCACACGAGUCCACACAGCUGUAGUCCUGUGGGAAACAAUUCCACAUGGCUUAGCUGGUGUUGUCUUACUGUCUAUUUAUAAAAUCAUAAUAUUGAAAUUUCAAAGGAAUAACCUUGCUUUAAGUCAUUUGUCCUUUAAAAACUCUUUAACUAGUUCUAGACUCUUCACACUAGUGGUAUUCAAAGCAAACUACUAAAGUUUAGCAUUUGACCCAAUUGCUUCUGAAUUAUGGGAAACUUUAGUUUUUAAAGUUUUGUUUUUAUGUGAAUUUUCCUGCAAGUCUAUAGUUGUUCCUUAGCCAGCUAUGAUCUCAUUGCCACGCAUAUGCAUUAGUAUGGAUAUAUAUACAUUUAUUAACCAGUGUUCAGAAAUAACCUUGUCCUCUGUGUGAGGGCAGAAGAUUCUGAAAUGGUUUAUCGGUUAAAUAAAGUAUACUCUACUUUCCUGUAGAAAAUCUGUACUCUGGAGAAGGGGACAUAUAAGAGGCGUCUUUACCAAAAAUGGUCCCAGCACAGUAAUUUUACAAAUGGCCACCAUAUUCCUUGGUGUUGCAAUUCUAUGCUGGUCAUAGGGACCAAUGUUUGCUUUCAGAAUCCUUGGCUACUUUAAUGAUUUGCCAUUGUCAACAUUAUUAAUACUGAUGUUGCCAAGCACUACCUGGCAUGCAAGGAGGUCUACUGAAGGAGAGCCAGUCUGUACAUCCUUUGAUCGUGACCUAGUGAGAAGACUGCUUCACUUGGGACAGUUUCUUUUCUCACAGGGAUAGAUUCCUGAAGUAUACUAAGUCUGCCAUGUGAUAUACAGAUACAUGUAUGCAUGGGUCCUUAUACAUCAUAUAUCAACUACUUUUUAUUUUGUGAUAAUUAACUAUAAAAGUUAGAUUUGGGAGUUUUAUUUAUAUAAAAAUAUGAGACAGAGUUUAUUGGUGGCUAGAAUGAUGUCUUCUAUAGACACAAGCGCUGUCUGGGUUUUAGUUGUGCCUGGUGGGUGUCUUGUAAGCUGUGUUAUUUUGCUAUUUAUGUGAGCCACCUUUUCUUCCAUUUUGUUUUUUUCUUUUUUUGGUUAUCACUGUGAAAAAUUGUCAGAGAUGAUUAACUUACAAAGAGGAAUGGUUUAUUUUACUCCAAGGUUGGAGGAUCUAGGCCAUAAUCAGCUGAAGUCUGUGCAGUGAGUAGCACUUUGGUGAGUAGCAGCUCAUGGCAGGAGAGGAUCGCAGAACGAAACUCCUUUGAUUCUUAGCAAAAUCACAGAGAUGAGGAAGAGAUUGGAGCCCCACCGCCUUUCAAAGGCAGGUCUCCACAGACACAGGAACCUCACCAGGCUGGGAAUUAAGUCCGUAACACAGAUAGCUCUGGGAGACAUACCAGGGUCCAAGCUGAAUCACUGUCCAGUCAACCUUAAAUCUACUUACCUGGUUUACCAUUAAAAAAAUAGUCUAAUGGACAUAAAUGAUAUUUAUUAAAAGUACUGGGAACACCAGAAAGAACAAGGAUUGGGGAGUUCAUUUUAGGCACACACAGUAAUUACUGCCAUCCACUCAUUGUCAUUCAACAGAUGUUCUAAAAAUUCACUUAAUAAGACCCAAUCAGUUGCAUUGGAUAUAAAUAGGAUAUAUAAUAUUUUUAAUCAGUGUAUUGGAUAUAUUUAAUUAAAAAAUCUUCACAGGGUCCUUAUAUCUCUCUAUAUACAAUAGUCACUUGUAUCUUUUACUUAAAAUUCUAUUAUUCAUAAGGUAAAUCUAUUAUAAUGCCAUGUGUGUAUUGUAUAUUAUACAAGAAUACUAAGUUGUUGAAAUAUUUAGAAAGCAUACAUUAAAUACCUAAUGCCUGAAGCAAAUUUUUUAGUUUCAGAGGAAUAUAUAUUUUUGUAACUGCAAGUAUAUGAGUAGACCAUAGGUUUUGCUUAAAAAUAUUUUUGUAAGCUUUCAUUUGCACAAUAUUCAUUUUUAAUAGUAAAACAUCAAACUGGUUCUCUAAAAGUAACUGUUUUGACUAUGUCUAUAUUUAAUAUUAUGUAACAUUCAAAAUUCAAUGAUGUUUCAUCUAAAUGUAUUAUUAGCCAUUUUUUCCUUUGUAAAAGACCCAUGUAACAUAGUUUUGAUCAUUACAUAUUUUGUGUAUGGUUAAAUUUGUUAAAAGCUCAUUUUGUAUUUUAUAUCAGUUAUUUUGUUCACAUAAAAGAUUGGAAUAGUAAUGUUAUAUGAUAAAUGUCAAUAAUAAUAAAGCAAACUCUAGUAUGAGCUUAAA